UUUACUUGUAAAUUUUUGAACAAAUUAUGAUUUUUGAGGGUGCUUCCGGUUCCGACUAAUAGGAGGGAAAAUGACAAGAAAAUGCUGGGCGCCGGUAGCCGCGCCGUUGGACUCAUCAAUCAGUUCGAGAUGAUGAUCUCUUCAAAAAAAAGUUCGAGAUGAUGAAGAUGAUGAUGGCACUGGACGAGCAGUCACUAGUACCGGCGAGGACGUGGUCGCUCGACCCGAAUCGAGUCAGAAGGUUUUUUCAAGUCUUUCAUUUUGUCGUAAAUUAAAUUCAGAUUCCAAUUCAUUUUGGAGAUUGGGCGAAGAUUACUCACUAAAUUGAAUGUUAAUGCAAGAGCGAAAAAGAAGUUAAUUUGUGAGUUCUUAAACAAUUAAUGAUUCAUAUAAAAAAAUGAUUAUAAACACUAGAAAAACGGUGUUUCAGAUGAAAAGUGUGGCUAGAGCUACGAAAUUUAGAGAACGUCGGCUUAUACAGUUAAUUAGUUUGGCAGAGAUAACUCAGAUUAGUAAAGAUGUCAAUAUUUAACCGGAAUAACUGAAAUCCAUUAUGUUGCAUAUGAAGUGCACACAAAACCCUAAUUGAUCCAAUAUAUGAUAUGGUACUUGAAAUACCCACAUACCCAAAUAUAAGAUGGGAGCAAAUAAUGGAAGGAAGGAAUAGGAUAAAAAAUAAAGGUAUAUCAAGAUGGGGUAUAUGAUGCAAGUGUGAAAACAAACUAAGAAAGUCUAUGAAAACCAAUGUAUUAAAAUCAACUAAUUUGCCUGUUGAUAUGUACAUCAACUUGGAAGAUACACAGAAGCUCACUUUUAGUUUCCAGUCAAUUCUUAGGAAAUUUCUGCAAGGACAUGUUAUUUUUUGGUACUUUAUAGGGUAUUGUGGAGUACUAAAAGACUUAAACAAAAGCCGAUCAUAUAUUCUUUGCUUAAUAGUUAAUUUUAAUCACCUCUGUUCUUUGAAUUUCAGCCAUAUCCAUACCAUUAGUCUAUACAGACUUCUGUUUCCCACCCAAAAAGAAAGAGAGCCAAAGAAAUGGCGGAAGCUAUUGCGGGUGAAGUUGUUUCUUUUAUUGCAGAGAAACUUGGUUCACGAGCAUACAAAGAAAUAAUGUUUUCAAAAGACCUCGAUUCUUGCAUCAAAAGGCUCAGUGAACUUAAAACUGUAGUUGAAGCUACCCUUCUUGAUGCAGACUCCACGGAGUCCUGCAGUAAUGCUCAACGAGACGUGCUCGAUAAGCUUAGCUGUGCACUUGCUGAAUUGGAUGAUUUCUUGGAUGAAAAGGCGGCUCGUGCCAGGCAGAAAGAUAUCAUGCAUGGAAACAAGCUCAUCAAAGAGGUACGAUUGUUCUUUUCGAAGUCAAACCAAGUUUUAUCUGCCUUAAAAGAUUCACACAAAUUCAAGGGUAUUAUGCAGAAAAUUGAAUGUAUUGCAAAAAAUUACUCCCAGUUUGGUACCAUUAUUUGCACGCCAACUGUAAACCAAACACAAAUGUUAAGCACUGAAACUGCUUGGUCUCAUGCCAUUACUGAUGUAGUCAUUGGUAGAGAUGGGGAUCGAGAUAAUGUCCUUAGAGAGCUCUUUGCUUCUGUCUCUUCAGAGACCCCUUCUGUUGUUUCCGUUGUUGGGAUAGGUGGAGUGGGGAAAACUACAUUGGCUCAGUAUGUGUACCAUCACGAGAGGCUUAAAAGCUAUUUUGAUGUAUGUUUUUGGGUUUCUACCACUCGAGAUUUUAAUGUCAAGGAGGUUCUACAGAAGAUACUAGCAUCUGUUAUGGAUGAAAAUCCCUUCGAAUGUGAGAUGGAUCAACUCUAUGAUCGUUUCCUACGUGCAAUAAGUGAAAAGAAGUUUUUGCUUGUUCUGGAUAACAUAUGGGAUCAAGAUGGCUUGAGGUUAAAGUGGCUACAACUUAAAAGAUUGUUAGCUUUUGGAGCCAAAGGCAGUAAGGUUCUUAUUACCACACGAUUUCAAACAGUUGCUGGUGUAAUGGACUCCAUUGGUUCUUACCCUCUGAAGGAUUUAACAGAAGAUGACUCUUGGCUUCUGUUUCAAAAGACUGCCUUUACACAUUGGCAAGAUCCAGGUGUGGAGGCAAUCGGGCAAGAGAUAGUAAGAAUGUGCCCAAAUGUUCCUCUUGUUAUACGGAGUAUAGGAGGCCUGUUAGCAGGAAAACAAACAAUUCAAGAAUGGCAAGCUUUUAGAGAUGAUCAGCUUGCAAAUUUCUCUUCCUAUGGACGUGACAUCAUGCAAACACUUAAAUUUAGUUACGAUCAACUGGAUUCGAGGAUCAAGCUUAGUGUUGCUUAUUGCUCCUUGUUCCCAAAGGGAUUUAUCUAUGAUAAAUAUGAAUUGAUUCGGCUUUGGAUAUCUUUGGGAUACAUUGAGCCACAAUAUAGGAAUCAAAGUUUAGAGGAAGCAGGGGAAGCUUACAUGCUCUGUUUGGUAAACUGCAACUUUUUUCAAGUAUAUUGGUCUGAUAGAGAUAAUUUAGGCUUGAGCUUUAAGGUUGAAUUGACAAUGCACGAUUUAAUGCAUGAUCUAAUCCUUUCAAUCGCGGGGUUCAAGCAUAAAAGAAUCGAUUCAACCACAGUUGACUUUGAUGAAAGAGUUCAUCAUGUAUCCUUCGGUGGUACAAUGUCAGAAAUAUGCAGGGAAGGAUUGUACGCUGAUUGUAUAAUACUAGAUUCUGAAGCAUCUUGGGAAAUCCCUUCCUCGCUAUUCAAACUCAAGCACCUAAAGUCCUUGCUGUUGACAAUGCCUCCGCAUUGUAAAUUGAUACUAGAAAAUUUAUCCACAAGUGAGAAAUAUAUUCAGAGAUUUUCAGGCUUGAGAGUACUAGACCUGCAUGAUCUAGGCAUUAAAAAGAUGCCACGAUGCGUAGGUGAGCUGCUAUGUUUGAGGUAUCUAAAUUUGUCAUGGAAUCCAAUUAUUAAACUCCCUGAUUCAAUCACUGGGUUAGUAAAUUUAUUAUCUCUUGACUUGUUUGGUUGUUACAAACUUCGAGAGUUGCCCCGAGAAAUGAGCAAGUUAACAAAGCUGAGAUAUCUCUUCAUCAAAAGGUGUGACGCAUUGAGUCAUAUGCCUAUGGGGUUCGGAAACAUGAGAGACCUUCAAAUCCUAGACACGUUCAUACUUAACGAGCAGAAGUCACCAAAAAGAUCGAAGGCCAAUGCCAUUGGUGGGUUAGCCGAGCUAAAUCACCUCAACAAUCUAACAAAAGGGUUGAAGAUAUCCAUGUCUACGAAGUUAAAAGAUGCUGUUUCUGAAGCUAAGGAUGCUAACUUGAAAAGUAAAGACAAGCUUACACGCUUGCAUUUAGAAUUCAAGGAUGGCAAAAAGAAUAAUGAUACCGCUGAGAUGGUGAUCGAACAUCUGCGACCAAAUACCAACUUGAGAGAACUUGUAAUUGAUGGUUACACAGGAAAUCGUUUACCAAGCUGGAUGAGAAAUGAACUCGACUUUUAUCUUCCAAAUCUUGUCUACCUUACAAUAUACAAUUGUCAAGGCUGCAAAAGCCUUUGCUCCUUCGGGAAGCUUCCUCGACUUACACAUUUGUACCUUUUGAGGUUAGACAAUUUGGAGUUCAUCGAGGAUAGCUCUAACGACAUGAGGGAUGCACUCCAUGCUCCUUUAUUCCCAUCUCUUGAAGUACUCUCCCUUGAGGGCUUACCGAAGUUAAAGGGAUGGUGGAGGAUUUUAAAUGGAAAAGACGAUUCAAAUGAUCUUGUUGAAUAUAAACCAGCAUUCCCUAAAUUAAAGGCUAUAUGUGUUGACAACAUGGAAAAGAUAGAUUUAUUGAAAAGGGAGUUCAAGCUACUGAUUAACCUGGACAGAUUAACACUGAGUAGAUGUGAAUAUUGCUUGAUGGGCCUUGUGGAUAGGCUAAAAGAGGCAACAGGAGAAGAUUGGCUUGAAAUGAGACAUAAUGCGGAUGUAUGUGUAUCAUCUACUUGCAGAAAAUUCAGAGAUUACAAUUCCUCAGACUCGGAAGGAAAGAAAACAAGAAGGGAAUAUGAAUGGAAGGGAGAUAGUAAAGGGAAACCCGUUAUUAGUUUUGGUCUCUAUGAUUGAGGAAUGUAAUGUAAACAUACUCUUGUAUUUGUGUUUACUAGCUAGUUGUUGGGACGCAUGCGUUUCCUCAACCUCAAGUAAUUCUAUCUACAUUAAAAUUGUAAUUUGAAUUGCAAUGUAAUUAUAUUAAUUUAUUCUUUAACUAAGUAGAGUUGAAGUUCUUCA